CUUUCUCUGCCGAGCCGCCGCCAUACUGACCGGAGAUGGGCGCCUACAAGUACAUGCAGGAGCUGUGGAGGAAGAAGCAGUCGGAUGUGCUGCGCUUCCUGCUCCGUGUCCGCUGUUGGCAAUACCGCCAGCUCUCCGCCCUGCACCGGGCACCCAGGCCCACACGGCCCGACAAGGCGCGCAGGCUCGGGUACAAGGCCAAGCAAGGUUAUGUUAUCUACCGCAUUCGGGUCCGUCGUGGUGGUCGCAAACGUCCAGUGCCUAAGGGUGCUACCUACGGUAAACCAGUGCAUCAUGGCGUCAAUCAACUGAAGUUUGCCCGUAGUCUUCAGUCUGUUGCUGAGGAACGUGCUGGCCGUCAUUGCAAAGCCCUGAGAGUACUCGCUUCAUACUGGGUGGGUGAAGAUUCAACUUACAAGUUCUUCGAGGUUGUUCUUGUUGAUCCGUUCCACAAAGCUAUUAGGCGCAAUCCUGAUACCCAAUGGAUCACAAAACCUGUGCAUAAGCACAGAGAGAUGCGUGGCCUGACAUCUGCUGGCAAGAAGAGCCGUGGUUUGGGCAAAGGUCACAGAUUCCAUCUUACUAUUGGAGGUUCUCGUCACGCUGCAUGGAGAAGGCGCAACACUCUGCAGCUACGUCGCUACCGUUAAUAUGUAUGCUGUAUAUUUCCUUUGGCAAUAAAACAUCUUGUUUGAAGC